CCCCUGUAGCGUUCUGCCCCAUAUUGCAGAAUGCAUGACCACCUGGGGGGUAGCUCCGUCUUCUCGGUGCUCGACUUGGUGAGCGGCUUCUACCAAGCCGCGAUCCACGAGGGUUCCAUCCCCUUAACGGCCAUCGUGACGACUACGGGGUUGUACGAAUUCGUUCGAGUCCCCAUGGGGACGAGUGGUGCGCCCAGCCACUUCCAGGUGUGUGUGCAGUUGUAUCUGGAUGAUAUCGUGGUGCACUCAAAAUCCACAGCAGAGCAUGUGGUGCAUUUCGAGAAGUUGUUGGAACGGUUGCGCAUCCACAAUCUGAAACUCGCUCCCAAGAAAGCGAAUGUGGGUGCCGCCGAAGUGGAAUUUUUGGGCCCCAAGUGGCCUCGCGCCUGGGUGUGGCCACUCGAGUGCGGGGUCUCAACGAGGUAUAAAAAAAAGGGCAAGGAAUUUCGGUUCACGACUCAACACGAAGAAACCACUAGAGCGAUUCUCAAAACGUUGAUGAGCACGACAACAUUGGCGUUCCCUGAAUAUGAGGCUGCCAUCAAUGGCUCCCGCCCGUUUCAGUCAUCGUCCGAUGCGUCUGUUCAUGUUUUUGGGGCCGUUCUGGAACAGCAACAGAUUAGUGGCACAAUGCGUCCUCUCGUAUACGUCAGUCGAUCAACUCCCCCUAGCGAACGCAACUGGGACACGACUGGCCUAGAAAUGGGGGCGUUGGUUUGGGCUGUCAAAAAGCUCCGAGACCAGUGGAUCUGGCUGUCCGAUCUCGUCAACGCGUCGUCAGUACCGUCAGGUGUUCUGCUCCACGCGUGCUCGGUAUUCCCGGCUACGCCGAUCUUGCCGGUCUCCACCCGCUCCACUGGAGUCGUGCCUCGGUCACCUCGUGUCCGAGCGGGCCGUCGUCCUUCCUGGAAGGUUCGAGAACGGGAGGAGGCACCUGAGCCCGUCGCUGCCACCGCUGUGCCUGCUAGCGACGGUGCUUCGGCCGCACGACCAGCGCGUCGUCGUGCCGCCGCCCGUGGUCCGACACCGCCGUCCCGAACGGGCCCCGCGGAGGACACACCGGCUCCUAGCGCGGCCGGUCGCCGUCACCGGCGCCAGAGACCGCCUCCCCCAGCCGACCCCGUAGUGGAACAACCGGCUCCUCGCGGGGCCGGUCGUCGCACCCGGCGUCCCGCCGCGCCGACGCCCACACGACUGCCACGGCACCUGAGGAGCCCCGUUAUCGUCCACCGAGGUCGCGCCGAGACUCAGCUUCGACAUUUGAGGGGCCCCGAGACCGACCUCGAGUGGGCCGCCGAGCAAGCGCGAGACCCCCUGGCGUCUUACGUCAUCAAGUACGUGGGUGAUUCUGACUCUUUUAGCUUUCCUGAUGUGGGCGAUUGCAUUGGGGAUGAGGAUACCAUCACUCUUAAAAUGAUUCAGAAGUUGGCGGACAAGUGCACACUCGUGACUUUGCCUCGCUCCGGACCGGUAGGGGCCAAAGACGCCCACCACGUGCUCCUGAUAAAGAAACCGUCCGAAGCGCCUACAUCUCGCGCCCAGCGACACAGCGGCGGGGUGUGCCUUAAAGCUAGCCGCCGAUUAUUGUACGCGUUGGGGAUGUCAGGUGUAUUUGUUGUCGGAUAGAGGUGGCGAGUUUACGGAGGCUGUCGCGCGUGAUGUGUACCGAUUGCUUGGGGACAAGAAACGGUUUACCAGCUCAUUCCACCCUCAAACCAACGGGCGCGUCGAAAGAUUGAACCAUUCGGUCUGCCAGAUGUUGUCUCACGUGAUCAGCGCCCAACAAACCGAUUGGGAUGACCAUCUCUUGCCGCGUGUGUGCGCUCACAACAAUCACGUGAGCAAGGCUACCGGUCUUGCGCCCAUGGAAGUACAUAUUGGCCGGUAUCCUCGUUUACCGAUGACGGUUCUUGGGUCACAGAAGGUGGUUUCUGGUAUGCAAUCGAACAAGCGGGAUGAUCUAGAAUACCUCCAGCUCAUGAAUACCGACAAGCGAAGCCUACGAGCUAGUGGUUGGAAGAGACAGGCUCACGAAAGAAAAACACCGAGCACGCAACGAAGAUCUAGACAACCUAGAUACGAAGCGGCCGAUUUUCCACGCGGGCACGUGGGUGUGGUGCUACGAUCCUCAGGACACCCUCCGCACAGCGAAUGGCGAUAAAACAGCUUCUGCCAAUAGGAUUAAAGCGAAACUCGCCAACCUGUGGACAGGACGGUAUAUAGUGCUUGCUGGCGGGCCCUGUCGCUUUAACGACAUGAAAGUUGGGUUCAAGUUGCUGUAUCUGGAUUUACCGCACGACACACAGGCCAAAUCCAACCGUGUCUCAGUGUUGCGUUGUAAGCGUUGCCAUCGUGCGGACGAACCUGAGGAAAUCCCCGACUUUUUACCUUGGAAAAUUUGUUCGUACGUCCUGCAUAAAAAUGCGGACAUGGCGCCUCCCUUUUACCUCACCGCGGAUGACGUGUGGGAAUAGAGCUUGACGUACAACGUGCACAGCCGACCGCUAUCACCGGUCACCGUAUCAGUUGAGGUCCAGGGAGUUCCAUCGCGGUACAAUACGAAACGCGUUGGCGCGGACACCGCCAGCCCACUUGGGAAUCUGCAGCAAACAUCCAGCAGUAUGGUGGUUUUGUCGUAUUGGGUGGGCAGUACAGUGCGUCAGGUAGGAGUCGACAGUAAAGUGCACCGUGACUAUAACAAGCUUGCCGCGCACCGCGCGCAAGCUCGCUCGUAAUUUCCUUUAUCUGCCGCCAGGGUACGCGUUUCUGGCGACGUCGGAGCGUGGGCCGGCCUUGCUGUCAGCGGAGAUGAAAGGAGCGCAUGUUUACGUGCGGACGAAGCAGGAGGGCUGGCAGCUGGGAGUGGUACAUCAGGUUUCGAGGGCGCGGGAGGAGGACCUGCCGUACAAGGUCAACUUCGUCGACCUCGAGCGGCGUUUCAACGUGUCGCUGUCGCCGACAAAGUAUUGUACGGCGGUGGAUGGUCCGCCCGGAUCGUGGUGUUUUCUUGUGCACAUGCGGUCCGGGAGCGUCCGGCGGAACGGGACCUGAG